GGAAUUUGUAAGUAAUUUAUACAAAUGUAUAAACUCUGCAAGUGUUACUGCAAUAUGUCUUAUCUUGGUCUUUGUUGGUGUAGUUGGGUAUUUUGAAUGUCAUUCAAGCUAUGGAGUUUGUUCCUGAGCUUGUUUAUCCUUUGUAUAUUGCUGCUUCUGUAGAUUGGUACAUUAUAGUUCCCAUAUUACCGAAUUUAUUUAUAACACUUUCUUGUAACUUAGCUUUUGGUGUUUCAUUUGUGGAUGAUCACAAUCACAUCUGUUUCUUGAUCAAUUAACUCAAGUGAAGAGCUUGUUAUUAAGAGAGGCGAGGAAAAUUUAGAGUUGAUUUUUUUUCUAGUAUUUCUGCUCUGUACGGUAUUAGACAGAAAUACUUUUUCUGCUUUUAGUUAAAUUCAUCUCUACGAGAGAAAUUACAACAUUACUGAAUAAACUUUGUAUUAAAUCCACUUCAGGCAAAUAUACUUUUUUCUGUUAUAUGGCAGAAUAGUAUGCAAAGUUAUAGUGUUGAAAUAUUACGUUGCUCAGAGCCCACUGGACUAGGUGGCCAUGGCAUUAGAGGUGGCCAUGAAGUGACAAAGUAGAAAACUGGUUUGUUGUGUAAACAUUUUCUUGAUGUAUAAAUUGACUGUUCUCUUCCAGAUCAGCUUUUGAGCUCUGGGUUGCAUCUUAAUUAGGCAAGAUUUAACAUAUGCAUGUUUCUAUGGUAAUUGAUGUUAGUCUCAUUAGUUGAACUCUCAUUGCCUAUGUAUGAUAUGCAUGUUUUUCUGUGUUUUUUUAGGGAGAAUCAGAAUCUGGGAAGGCACCAUGGCAAGGGAUGUUAUAUUAUACCCGUUUCAUACAAUUUUAUCUCUUUUUCUCACAUCUAUAUAAUGUUUUGCUUGCAUAGUUGUUGAACAUUAUACUUGUUAUAUUAUUCAAAUACUUCGAUUACUAAAUAGUAAUAUACAUGUUGAUGAAUCAUGUCCAUGGUGUUGGUGGCAGGUGAGGGAGAGGUGUAAAAAGGAAUGGAAAAUGUUCCAGAGUCGGUUGGCAAAUGUAGAAUAUGCAUAUUACAAGGCCAUGAGAGUAAAUAUGUUCAAUUCAACUACUCCUUAACGACAGAACCUGACUUGUUUGCUUCUCGUGUUGAUGCUGAUUCCUAUUGAUGAAAAUAGCAAAUUCGGUCGAAAAUUAUCCAGAAAAAAAUGGUACAAACAUUUUGUUCUGAAAAAACAGUACUCUUCUGACACGACAUACAGACAUCAGACUUUCCGGUCAGGUGGAUCCAAGUGGAACACAGUCCGGGUCCUACACAUACCAAUAUCAUACACAAGCAGUUGAUAUGUGUUUUCAAUCCACGACUACAAAUGCAAAGAAAAUUAGGGAAGUUAGUGGUGAACGAUUCUCCGAAGAGACUACAAAUAGUUGUGGAAGAGAAGCUGAUAUCCCUGUUAAGGUCAUGCGAAACGUGCACGCGGCUGCACCAGAUUCAAGCCCAAAUAGUCACCCAUGGACUACAAAGCAAUGAUUACGUCACCCCUAGUUUCAUCACGGCGUGCGCGCGUCUCGGUAGAAUGGGUCACGCUGGAAGAGUGUUUAACACAAUUGCGCAACCAAACGGCGCCAUGUGGAAUGCCAUGUUCCGAGGCUUUGCCCUAUUGGAGUGUCCCUUUGAAGUUGUCGUUUUGUUCGCGCAAAUGCAUCGCGCUAGUGCUUCGCCGAACUGCUUCACUUUCCCAUUGGUGAUGAAGUCGUGUGCUCAGGCGAACGCGGUUAGAGAAGGAGAGCAGGUUCAUUGCGUGGUGGCCAAACGUGGUUUUAAGUCGAACGCGUUUGUGGGAACCGCGUUGAUUCACAUGUACUCCGUGAGAGGAGAGGUGUUCAUCGGGGAUGCUUACAAGGUGUUCGGCGAAAUGCGCGAGAAGAAUGUCUUCGCUUGGACUGCGAUCAUCGUUGCUCAUGUGGCGUGUCGUGACAUGGCUUCCGCAAGGCGUCUUUUUGACCUGGCGCCACAGCGUGACGUUGUGCUGUGGAAUGUCGUCGUUUCGGGAUACAUCGAAUUGGGGGACAUGGUAGCCGCGAGAGCGCUGUUUGAUAAAAUGCCGAACCGCGAUGUGAUGUCAUGGAACACCGUUUUGAACGGUUACGCCUAUAACGGUGAGGUGGAAUCGUUCGAGAAGCUGUUUGAUGAAAUGCCUGAGAGGAAUGUUUAUUCUUGGAACGGGUUAAUUGGAGGGUAUGCUCGGAAUGGGCUCUUUAACAAAGUUUUGGAGUCUUUUAAACGGAUGUUGAUGUUACCAAAACAAGAAGGGGAAGGUGGUGAUGUUGUGGUCAUUCCCAAUGAUUACACAGUUGUGGUAGUGUUGUCCGCAUGUUCCAGAUUGGGGGACCUUGAGAUGGGUAAGUGGGUGCAUAUUUAUGCAGAGAGUAUUGGGUAUAAGGGCAACUUGUUUGUUGGAAAUGCUUUGAUUGACAUGUAUGCAAAAUGUGGGGUUAUAGAGAAAGCACUUGAUAUGUUUAAUUGGUUGGAUGUGAAGGAUAUAAUAACUUGGAACACCAUAAUUAAUGGCCUUGCCAUGCACGGUCAUGCAGUUGAUGCUUUAAGUUUGUUUGAGCGGAUGAAGAGCAUGGGAGAGAAGCCAGAUGGUGUUACAUUUGUUGGGAUUUUGUCUGCUUGUACGCAUAUGGGGUUAGUGAGAGAUGGGUUUCUGCAUUUCCAAUCGAUGGUUGAUAAUUACUCAAUUGUGCCUCAGAUUAAGCAUUAUGGUUGUAUGGUGGAUUUGUUGGGAAGAGCUGGUCUUAUAGAUCAGGCUAUGGAUUUCGUGAGAAAGAUUCCAAUAAAACCGGAUGCGGUUAUAUGGGCAGCACUGCUUGGGGCUUGUCGGAUGUAUAAGAAUGUGGAAAUAGCAGAAGUGGCACUUGAGCAACUCAUUGAACUUGAACCCAACAACCCUGCAAACUUUGUCAUGCUUUCGAACAUAUACAAGGAUCUUGGAAGAUGGGAGGAUGUUGCCCGGUUGAAGAUUGCAACGAGAGAUACCGGGUUCAAGAAAUUACCGGGAUGUAGUGUUAUUGGGUGCAAUGAUAGUGUGGUAGAAUUCUAUUCCUUGGAUGAGAGACAUCCUGAGACAGAGAGUAUAUAUCGGACAUUGAAGGGAUUGACGACUCUGUUAAGAUUGAAUGGAUACGUCCCAAAUCUUGUGGAUGUUGCUCAUGGAAACUGAACGAGUAGGGAGGUAUCUUGAUGAUACCCAAAUCUUCAUUAACUGGCUCAGCCGCUCAGCAUUUGAAAGACCCAAUCAGUUCUAUAGACAUCAAUUCUUCAAAUUCUGGGUCUGUUUUGAAACAGUGGAACAGCUACAUGGUAAAAUCACAUAGUUUUUCAUCCUGCAGCUGCUUGUUGUCAAACUCAGUUAUUGUCAAAUUCUUGGUUGGUUGAUUGAUUCUCCUCACGCUUCUCGUCCUCUCUCAGCCAAGCACUCUUGUUCGUUUCUCUCCCCUAUUGCUCUUCCCUUGAAUGAGGUUAAGAAAGAGGCCCCUCUCAUGUUAUGUUAUCUCAGGCUUAUAUUUGCUUCUCGUGUUGAUGCUGAUUCCUAUUGAUCAAAAUAGAAAAUUCGGUCAAAAAUUAUCCAGGUACAUACGCAAGCACGUUUGCAGUGAAUUUCCCGUCAUUCUUCAUGUGGAAGAUAUGAAGGCCUUUCAUCCCAAUCGUGCUUAUGUUUUGGGCUAUGACCCACAUUCAGUUUUGCCAAUUGGAGUUGUUUCAUUAGCUGACAACACAGGUUUUAUGCCUCUUCCCAAAAUAAAAGUUCUUGCUAGCAGUGCGGUUUUUUACACACCUUUUUUGCGACACAUAUGGACUUCGUUGGGUUUGACUCCAGUGACAAGGAAAAGGUUUACCUCUCUGUUGGAUGCUGGCUACAGUUGUAUCUUAAUACCUGGUGGAGUUCAAGAAACAUUUCUCAUGGAGCAUGGUUCUGAGAUUGCCUUUCUUAAAGCAAGGUGAGGAUUUGUGCGCAUAGCAAUGGAGAAGGGCAAACCCCUGGUGCCAGUUUUCUGCUUUGGGCAGGUAUUUAUUUCUUGCCCAUGUCAUUCUCAAGGAAAAAUGUUGCAGCUUUUGCUGACUCUCACAUCAACUGCAAACUGUUAAAACUAAAAUGUCGCUGGUCAAAUGUCUAUAAGUGAUGGAAACCAGGUGGGAAGCUAUUUCUGAGUUUUUAGAGGGCUGUCAAGUUCACCCCAAUAUAUUUUUGGGGAAUUUUCGGAUCUCCGAUACCCUUUAAACAUCCACUGCAUGUGGUGGUGGGUAGACCAAUUGAACUCGAGAAGAAAGGGCAAGUGGCUACAGCUCACGCAAAUGGGGAAGAAAUACAAAGGUUUAAUACUGCAGGGGUGGGGAUUGAAACUACCAUGAAAUUAUGUAAUUUUCAUGCGUCUCAUGCUAUUUGAUUUUCUAUUAUUUUAAUUGGUAUGUCAGUAAAAUUGCUAAUCAUGCCUUAUUUUUAUUUUCACAAGUCGAUGUAUAUUUUAGACUGGAUAAUGCCAUUGAUAUGAAUAACUAACAAAAUGUACUCAAGCAUUAUACUUA